AUGAGCGGCCAUUGCCCCAGCGAUAAAUGGUUCUUCGGGUCCGUCUUCGUGUUCCUCAUCGCCGUGGGGUUGCUCGUGGGCGGAGCGGUGAACAUGCAAUCGGCCGCUGACGAUCCGAGGACCCCGCGCGUCAAGACGUACGACGGCUACGUCGACGCGUGGCAGAGCACGCACUUCGACGAGUACUCCGGCAAGUACGCGUCGACCACGCCGACGAUCUCCGUCGCGCGCGGCGCGAGCGCGGGUAACGGAUCGACCACGACGGUGUCCGUAUGGACCAAGCUCGAGACCGCAACGAUCGUUCUCAAGGAUUCCCGCAGCGACUACAAGAGGCACAACAAGCACUUCGCCCUGUUCACGGAUAUCCCAAACUUCCACGCCACCGGCAAGAAAUCGGAGAAGCAGAGCGAAGACGUUACCCUCACGAUCGGCUCCAACACCAUGAAGUUCCACGUCACCGAGUGCAAAGUCACGAAGCAUAACAGGAAAAAGAAGGUGAAGAACGCAAAUGGAGAAGAGGUGGAGGUGGACGACCCCUACUGGACAAUCGCGCCCACGUUCCUCAACCGCAUCAACUUCGUCGAAUCAAUCAACGGCGGCAGCGGCGUGUCCACGCUCUCGCGCGAGAAAUGCGACGAUGUAUGGUGGCCAGUUGACGUUAACAAUAAAUAUACAUCGAGCGUUGCCGCGGCGAACGGUUGCACCACCAACCUCGCCCCGCCGUCGAACAAGGCGCUCGAGAUCGUCAUCCGCUCGCCGAUGGACCCGGUCAUCAAGGCCAUGUCCAUCGACGACACCGGCUGCGAGCGCGAUUUCGGUCCCACCGCAGACGAGUUCCGCUUCCGCGGCAUCAUGUUCUACUCCUUCAUGGGCGUGGCGUUACUCGGCGCCUUCUAUCUCCUUGAGCGUUCCCGCAGAAGCCACGGAUGGAAGUACCCGAUGCAGGACGCAAUCUACUGGCAAAUCUUCGGCGAUCCCAAUGACUUUCGCGAGCGCCAGACCUUUCCCUUCUGCUGCUACCGAAUCGAUCCCCCCAAGGUGUUCGACACGCCGAUUGAGAAGAUCUGCUACGACAUCAGCGAGGCCCUUAAGAAUGGCAAGACCAAGGAAAUCAUGGGCGCCCUCCUCUACGAUAUCACCGCCGAGGCGAACAACGAGGGCAUGCUCCGCGAUGAGUACAUCCGCGAGCGCGUCGUCGAGGAAUUCAACAGGCUCGGCUACGGGGACCUCCGAGCGGAGAUUGCCGAUAAGAUCCCGAAGGCCAACCCGCUCCGCGACGUCCUGGACGCGCUGCUGACGGAGCAAUUCGACUUUGAGGCGCAGGUGCUGCACCGCGCGAUGAAGGGCUGGGGCUGCGACGAGGACACCCUGACCACCAUCCUGUGCACCCUCGACGAGGCUGAUAUCUUCAAGCUGCAAAACGCCUACUCGUCCAGGUUCGAAAAAUCUCUCGAGCAGGCCAUGCUCUCCGAGACUGAGGGCAAGUACAAGCGCGUCCUCCUCCUCGCGGGUUGCGACGGCAUCGCCGAGGCCUACGCCAAGGUGUGCCGCUCCGCCAUCGAGGGCGCGGGCACUGACUGCAAGGCGCUCAUCCGUCUCAUGGUGACUUGUACUCACCAGGUCAUGUAUGACACGAGGAAGGCGUACGGGCGGCUCUACAACCUGGACCUCGCGAGGGACAUGUCUGGCGAGUGGGCCAUCAGCGGCGACUUCAAGAAUAUCCUCUGCGCGCUGGUCAAGAAGCACCCGGACAACAUCGAGACCGACCCCGACUAUGACGCCGACAUCCAGAUUCUCCACGACGCCGUGGAGGGCCUGGGCACGGAUGAGGAUGCCAUCAUCGGCGUCCUGCGCAACAAGACGGAGGAGCAGCUGCAGAUGCUCCAGCGCAAGUACGAUGCGACUCACUGCGAGGACCUGAAGCUGCGGCUGAAGAGCGAGACCACCGGUCUGUUCGAGUCCGAGGGCUUCAGGAACACGCUCAUGGGCCUCCUUACCAACAGGGAGGAGCAGAUUGCCAUUUACCUCAAGGAGGCGUUUGAGGGCUGGUUCAGCAACGACGACUGGGGUCUCAUCUCCAUGCUCGUGCACCGCACGCCCCAGGAGAUGGAAUUGAUCCGCAACGCGUACACCAGAGUUCACGGCAGGGAUCUCAUCGCGGACAUCCGCAAGAAUUGCAAAGGGGAUUAUGAGAAGGCUCUCGUAGCGCUCGUAGCGCCCAGGGCUCGCACCUACGCGAGGGGCAUCAAGGCCACGGCGAAGGGCUGGAUUUCCAGCACCAACAAGUCCGGCCUUAUCGCGCUGCUCACGCACAAGGACAUGCUGAUGAACGAAAUUCGCGUGGAGUUCCAGAAGGAAUCCAAGGGGGGCACACACCUCAUCCAGUUCCUCAGGCGCGAAUGCUCCGGGGAGUUCGAGAGGGCUCUGGUCAACAUCGCCGAGUACACGCCCCCGGCGAGCUACACAGCCAGCAACGCCGUCUGA